CUCAGGGUGGAGCAUUGCCCUGAGCCUGGGAGGAGGCCAAAGGCCUGUCACUCCCUGCUUCCUCCACACUGUUUCCUCCCUAUCCUUCCAUUUCAGGCCUCAGGUGUGGUGCAGGGAGAACUAGUCCAGUCCAGGCAGCUGGGGACCUCAGGUGACUAUCUUGCACAUUCCUCAAUCACAGGGAAGGAUUUCAAGUGCUCAGACUGGUGUGUGGGCCAAGCAUUAUUCAUCUGCCUCCAAAUUGCCCAGGCCUCUGCUUCCCGUCCUGUCCCUCUUCCUGGAAGUGGCUUCUUGGGCUCAGAGACGACAUUCCCUUAGACUUGCAGAAACUGGAGAAGGAAAUGGACUCAGUGGUCCUUGAGGACGUGGCUGUGGCCUUUAGCCAGGAAGAGUGGGCAUUGCUGGAUGUUGCUGAGAGGAAACUCUACAGAGAUGUGAUGAUGGAAACCUUCAGAAACCUGACCUCAGUAGGUAAGAAGGAAUGUGGGAAAGCCUUUAUUCAUUGCUCCCAUCUCACUUCACAUAGAAGAGCUCACAGUGGAGAGAGGCCUCAUGAAUGUAAGGAAUGUGGGAAAGCCUUUAUUCGUUCCUCCGACCUCACUUCACAUAAAAGAACUCACAGUGGAGAGAAACCUUAUAAAUGUAAGGAAUGUGGGAAAGCCUUUACUAGUUCCUCCAACCUCACUAAACAUAAAAGAACGCACAGUGGAGAGAAACCUUAUGAAUGUACGGAAUGUGGGAAAGCCUUUACUUGUCGGUCAUCCCUUCGUAAACAUAAAAGAGCUCACAGUGGAGAGAAACCUUACGAAUGUAAGGAAUGUGGGAAAGCCUUUCUUCGUUCCUUCAGCCUUACUUCACAUAAAAUAACCAGUGGAGAGAAACCUUAUGAAUGUACGGAAUGUGGGAAAGCGUUUACUCGCCGCUCAUCCCUUAAUAAACAUAAAAGAACUCACAGUGGAGAGAAACCUUAUGAAUGUAAGGAAUGUGGGAAAGCCUUUAUUUUUUCCUCCCAGCUCGCUUCACAUAAAAGAACUCACAGUGGAGAGAAACCUUAUGAAUGUACGCAAUGUGGGAAAGCAUUUAAUUGUUCCUCAGCCCUCACUAGGCAUAAAAAUGCUCACAAUGGAGUGCGGCGUUAUGAAUGUACGGAAUGUGGGAAAGCCUUUCGUUAUUCCUCAGUCCUCAAUGUACAUAAAAGAACUCACAGUGGAGAGAGGCGUUACAAAUGUAAGGACUGUGGGAAAGCCUUUGUUCAUUGCUCCAAUCUCACUUCACAUAAGAGAACUCACAGUGGAGAGAAACCUUACGAAUGUGCGCAUUGUGGGAGAGCCUUUGUUCAUUCCUCCCACCUCACUUCUCAUAAGAGAACUCACAGUGGAGAGAAACCUUACGAAUGUGCUCAUUGUGGGAAAGCCUUUAGUUGUUAUGCAACCCUCUAUAAGCAUAAAAGAACUCACAACGGAGUGAGGCCUUAUGAAUGUACAGAAUGUGGGAAAGCCUUUAUUCAUUCCUCCAGCCUGACUUCACAUAAAAGGACUCACAGUGGAGAGAAACCUUAUGAAUGUACUGAAUGCGGGAAAGCCUUUACUAUUCGUUCAUCCCUUGGUAGACAUAAAAGAAUUCACAGUGGAGAGAAACCUUAGGAAUGUAUGGAAUGUGGGAAAGCCUUUACUUGUCACUCAUCCCUUAGUAAACAUAAAAGAACUCACAGUGGAGAAAAACAUUAUGAAUGUAAGGAAUGUGGGAAAGACUUUAUUCGUUCCUCCCAGCUCGCUUCACAUAAAAGAACUCACAGUGGAGAGAAACCUUAUGAAUGUACGGAAUGUGGGUAAGCCUUUAUGCAUUCCUCCAGCCUCACUUCGCCUAUAAGAACUCACAGUGGAGCGAGGCCUUAUGAGUGUAAGGAGUGUGGGAAAACCUUUUUUCAGAACUGGAACCUCACUAAGCAUGUCAGAAUUCACCAUGGAGAAAGGCCCUAUAAACAUAAGCAAUGUGGAAAGCCUUUAGUUGUUCCUCAGACCCCACUUUACAUAUAAGAACUCACAGAGAGUUGAUUAUUCUAAUGUCAAAAGUGGGAUGUUUUGUCCUUACUGUUAUGAUUUUGAUAAAUUUCUGAAAGUCAGCAAUUAAAGACGAAAGUUUCUUGGUAAGUAAGAAAUCAAUACUAACUUAAAAGAACGGAUCAUUAAGAGUAAUUUAUGCCUUUGGGAGAAAUGAUAGUUUCAUUGUAAUUGUGGGACUGUCCUCAUUGGUGUUUGUUACUUUCUUAGUCCAAGCUAAACUUCACCUUUCUGAAAGUCGUUGCUAUUACAAAUGAGGCUGCAGGGAAUAAUUGGCUUCAUAUUAUUUAACGUUAUUGUCGAUGUUAUUUUGCAAGCAAUUAAAUAUGCUCAUCUUGUAUUUGGUUCAGACUGUUUUGUCAUAUUUGAAACGUUCUUUCCAUUUUUUCCUAUUGUAAAGUAAGCUAUUUUAUCUAUUAUAAUUAAUAACUCAUAGUGGUACUUUGAGUCUGUGUAGAUAUUCUGUUUUUCGUUGUAUUUUGGCCUACUAAUUUUAGUAUUCAAAGAUAAUUACAUAUCAUUAUUACUGUGGUGUUUACCAGAUGAUGUUUUUUGUCCCAAUGUCCAAAAAUACUAUAUCUAUUAAUUGGAAUUCUGAAGGAAACAGCUUUUCCUUCUCCCCUAUUUUAUCAUGUUUUUAAAUGUUCGUAGUAGGAUACGCAGUCCACAGAUUAUGAAGGAGUUCCUUCCCUAACUAUGUGUUUAAGUUGAAUUUUCAUGUUGGAACAGUUAGGUAUAAUUGUAAAUAUGUAACAUCGUUUAGUCGACUGUUUUCCUUAGAAUAUACUAUAUGACGUACCUUUCUGUGCUUAAAAAGGUUUUAAAGAAACACUUCUGGUUACAAUAAAACAUUGUUAACAUAAUAGUACAGUAACAACAGUAAUGACGUUCUGAUGCACAUUACAACGUUGUAACCCUAUGUUAUUACGAAACUCUGCCACUUCAUUGGGUUCUCUUUUGAUACGCUUCUCUCACCUCUGACUUGGGGAGGCAAGGAGGCUGCCCUCCUAGGCACUGCACAUGUGACUCCCCUCCAUAGGGUAGUGGGGGAGGGAAGUACAGAGCACGGACCCCACCCCUGCACGAUUCCUUAUCUGACCUUACAGGGGACUUCGGCCUGUGCCCAGUUCCAAACAGUAAGAACAAGCAACACGGUGACACCGCAUCACCACUGGGCAAGGGAUGCAGGACUUGAGUUCCUGCAGGAGAGGAUCUUCAUUUCUAAUAGGAUGAGCCAGAUUGGAAAGUCAUGAGUCAGUCCAGUAAAUGACUGGGAGGUGGGCAUACAACAGGUAAAGAUGGAGAGAAGCUGGUAUAGAUAAAAGACAGUAAAAGAAACAAGGGAUUUUACGUGAGAGUCGAAGAAGAUCAACCCCGAAACAGUACUAAGGAUUGAGACUAAUGCUGACUUCACUGCUGGAAUCAGAGGUACAAAGGGUGAGAGAUAAAAUUGAAAGCAUUGAAUUGAUUUUUUAAAAUCCAGAAGGAACUUGGAGAAGAUACUUUUUCACAAAAAAAUAGUGUCCACAAACAAGAUCACUGGGAAUUAUAGGGAAAAAGGUUUACCCUCUUUAACCCAUCUCUGUUUUCCUUACCCUGAGUUCUUUAUCCUCUUUUUCUUUCCAUUCCAUCAGUCUUUUCCAACUUUUAUAGCUCUGCUUUAUUCUGUUUAUUUUUGUAUGUAUCUUUAAGUUCAUGUUAUUUGGUUCCACAAUCAACACCCAUGGAAGGAGCAGUCAAGAAAUCAAAAGACACAUUGCAUUGGGUAAAUCUCCUGCAAGAGACCUCUUGAAAGUGUUAAAAAGCAAAGAUGUCACCCUGAGAACUAAGGGACACAUGACCCAAGCCAGGGUGUUUUGAAUUGCCUAAUUUGCAUUUGAAAGCUGGGCAGUGAAUAAAAAAGACAGAAGAAUUGAGGCCUUUGAAUUGUGGUGUUGGGAAAGAGUAUGGAACAUACCAUGGACUGCCAAAAGAACGAACAAAUCUGUCUUGGAAGAAGCACAACGAGAAUGCUCCCUGGAAGGAAGAAUGGAGAGACUGUGUCUCACAUACUUUGGACGUGUCGUCUGGAGGGAUCAGUCCCUGGAGAAGGGCAUCACGCUUGGUAAAGCAGAGGGUCAGUGAAAAAGAGGAAGAGCCUCAAUGAAAUGGAUUUACAGAGGCUGCAGUAGUCGGUUCAAGCUUAGCAGAUAUUGUGAGGAUGGUGCAGCACCUGACAGUGUUUUGUUCUGUUGUACAUGAGGUCACAAUGAGUCGGAAUCGACUCAGUGGCAUGUAACAACAACUGUCUUUAAGUUCAUGAAACCUAUCUCCUGGUGUGUAUCGAAUGAUAUGAAACCUAUCUACCCCCUUUAAUUUUGCAAUUAUAUGUUUAAAUACAGAAUUUGUGACUAGGUUUGGUGUUUUAUAUCUGUUUGUAUGUUUCUGUUGUCUAGGCUCGUUCAUUCCCAGUGUGUCUGAUAAUUUGUUGUUCUUUGAUAGACUUUAUAUUCUUUAGCUUUUCUUUUUAUUUUGAACCAUGUUUAAAAUAUAGGAAAUAAAACCAAGACUUGUUUAUAUAUUUGUUGUAAAGUCUCAUCAGCUGUCAAUAUGUUAGAUGUUUCAAUUAAAGAGACAAUUGAAGAUAUAAUUUUUCUUCCAAAGGAAUUUUUUUUUUUUUUUUUUUAGUGGCUGGAGUUACUAUUACGAAUCUCAGAAAUCUUAGAACGUUCAGAGCUCAGUAUUUCCUUUUGGAUGACUCUCGGCCAGGCCAUGUAGUCCCUGUGAUACAUGGAUAUGGCUCCCACUUUUGGGAAGCCUGAACUCCAACUUCUGCCCGUACAUCUGAACCUCAUUUCCAUAGUUUUCUAACUGAGCCACCCUCCUGUUGGUUAAGUUCAUGUGAAAUGCUUGACUGCUCUCUCUCGUUCCAUAUUCGCCUAAAUUGUGCCCAGCAACUUCUCAAGAUUUUAUUUUUUUAUAAUUUUAGAAAGAUGUAUUUUAUUUCAUCCAGUGUGUUUUUUUAUUGUGCUUUAAGUGAAAGUUCACUAAUCAAGUCAGUCUCUCACAUAAAAACUUAUAUACACCUUGCUACACACUCCCAAUUACUCUCCCCCUAAUGAGACAGCCCACUCUCUCCCUCCACUGUCUCUUUUUGUGUCCAUUUCGCCAGCUUCUAACCCCCUCUACCCUCUCAUCUCCGCUCCAGGGAGGAGAUGCCAGCAUAGUCUCAAGUGUCCACCUGAUCCAACAAGCUCACUCCUCACCAGCAUGCCUCUCUAACCCAUUUUCCAGUCCAAGCCAUGUCUGAAGAUUUGGCUUCAGGAAUGGUUCCUGUCCUGGGCUAACAAAAGCUCUGGGGGCCAUGACUACCGAGGUCCUUCCAGUCUCAGUCAGACCAUUAAGUCUGGUGUUUUUAUGAGAAUUUGGGGUCUGCAUCCCAGUGCUCUCCUGCUCCCUCAGGGGUUCUCUGUUGUGUUCCCUGUCAGAGCAGUCAUCGGUUGUAGCUGGGCACCAUCUAGUUCUUGUGGUCUCAGGAGGAUGUAGUCUCUGGUUCAUGUGGCCCUUUCUGUCUCUUUGGCUCGUAAUUACCUUGGGACCUUGGUGUUCUUCAUUCUCCUUUGCUUCAGGUGGGUUGAGACCAAUUCAUGCAUCUUAGAUGGCUGUUUAAUAGCAUUUAAGACCCCAGACGCCACUCUUCAAAGUGGGAUGCAGAAUGUUUCCUUAAUAGAUUUUAUUAAUGCCAAUUGACUUCUAUGUCGCCUGAAAUCAUGGUCCCCAAACCUCUUCCCUUGCUGCACUGUCCUUCGAAGCAUUCAGUUUAUUCAGGAAACUGCUUCUUCUCAGUUUAAACUAUUUCUCAAGUUCUUAUAAUAGUCGUCUUAUACAAUAUUUGUCCUUUUGCAACUGACUAAUUUCACUCAGCAUAAUGCCUUCCAGGUUCCUCCAUGGUAUGAAAUGUUUCACAGAUUCCUCACUGUUCUUUAUCGAUGCCUAGCAUUCCAUUGUGUGUGAAUAUACCAUAAUUUAUCCAUUCAUCUGUUGAUGGACACCUCGGUUGUUUCCAUGUUUUUGCUAUUGUACACAGUGCUGCAGUAAACAUGGGUGUGCAUAUAUCUGUUCUUGUAAAGGCUCUUAUUUCUCUAGGAUAUAUUCCGAGGAGUGGGAUUGGUGGAUCGUAUGGUAGUUCUAUUUCUAGCUUUUAAAAAAGAAAAAUUAAGGAAGCACCAAAACGAUUUCCAAAGUGGUUUUACCAUUUGACAUUCCCACCAGCAGUGUAUAAGUGUUCCAAUCUCUCCACGGCCUCUCCAACAUUUAUUAUUUUGUGUUUUUUGUAUUAAGGCCAACCUUGAGGGAGUGAGAUGAAAUCUCAUCGUAGUUUUGAUCUGCAUUUCUCUAAUGGCUAAUGAUGGUGAACGUUUCCUCAUGUAUCUGUUAGCUACCUGAAUGUCUUUAGUGAAGUGUCUAUUCAUAUGUCUUACC